AUGACUUCUCGUAUAUUAACGUUCUUACUUUCGUUCACGUUUCUUUGUUGCGUUUUACCAUUUUUUCUUUCCUUUCUUAUUCUUCCUACAUAUUUCUUACAUCCUCCUUUUUUCUACUGUUGUAUCAGUUAUUUCUUUCUUUCAUUCCCUUUCUUUCAUCCCUUUGAUUUUCUUUCUUCUUUGCGUUCUAUUUUCAUUCUUUUUACUUCUUUGAUACGUUUGGUGCUUUUUUCGUCCUUUCUUUAUCUAUUUCCUUUUUCAUUCUUCCAUCGUUUGUUCUUUAGUUUUACAUAUUCGUUCUUUUGUUCUGCUAUGACUCCAACCCCACCUAAAACGUUCCACUUCCUUCUCAGCGCCACACGUCUUUUUGUUUUUCCUCAUAUCUAUCUAUCUAUCUAUCUAUCUAUCUAUCUAUCUAUCUAUCUGUCUUAUGUGUCUUUUAUUGCAUUUCCAAUAGGAUAUCUUAUCUGA